GUAUAUCGAUAACGAUACCACCGAUCCCCAUUGCAACUUGGCUAAACAGAUGAUUGCUAUAUUUGCCGCGUCUUUUACUUUUUAAUUUUGUUUAGAAACUAAAGCUUUUACUUGUUUUUAUUGCCACAACAUGAGCGACGAACAGAGCUCGUGGCGCACCCAACUGCUCCUGAUAUGCCAGCAGACCAGAUCCUGCAGCGAUUCCACCUACUUCGCCGCGCUAAAGGAUCACCACGACAGGCUGCAGACAUGCGAAAGCACGGAGACAGCGAUGGAGGAGCACUUAGAGCGCUGCCAGCAAACAAUAACAAGGAGUCGCAGGACGAGUCCGCGGAUUACCUAUACAGACUUCUUGUACGAGAUGCCCCCUGAUGUGGUCUUUGAGCGGAAGUGCAGGGGCUCCUACGAAAGUUGCCAGGCAACAGAGAUUGCCUCCAGUGAUCUGCAGUCUCAUGAAGUUGCAUGUAGUAACCCGGUCAAACAGCCUGUUAAGGACAGACCGGAGGGGCAUCUGCCGGAGAAAAGGAUUAAUUCCAUUAAUUCCACAACGGACAUAGAUGCACAGCAGUACCCGCCACAAAGCUCAUUCCAAAGCGGCUUUGGCUUUCGCACUGCCCGGGAGCAACUAAUCAUCGACGAUUUGAAGAAAAAAAAUGGGCAAACAGCAGGCGAAAUGAAUGCAGCCCCUUCCGGCAUGAUGAAUUUCAGGAAAAAAACGCUGGGUGGAAAGCGAACUGUCAGCUCAAACUUCGUGUCGCCCGUGGCGAGUAAUGAGAAUUCCGCCAGCUCACGGUGCAGCAGCAUACCACCCGCAUUGGCCCACUUGGAUUCCAAGAUGGUGGAGCAGAUUCUCGGCGAAAGCAUGCACGAUUUCAAACCUGUCGCUUGGGAAGAUAUUGCCGGUCUGGAAUCUGCAAAGUCCACAUUCCUCGAAGCCAUUAUCAUGCCACUCCGGCGGCCUGACUUGUUCACAGGAGUGCGGUGUCCACCGCGCGGGGUUCUCCUGUUCGGACCACCUGGCACAGGCAAGACGCUCAUUGCCAAGAGCAUUGCUUCCCAGGCGAAGGCCAAGUUCUUCAGCAUUAAUCCGUCCAGCCUGACCUCAAAGUGGGUCGGCGAUGCCGAGAAGCUGGUGAAGACAUUGUUUGCCGUGGCCGCUGCACAUCAACCAGCGAUAAUAUUCAUAGAUGAGGUGGAUUCCCUGCUGUCCAAGCGUUCGGGGAACGAAAACGAGAGCACUCUACGCCUGAAGAACGAGUUUCUCAUUCACCUGGACGGUGCCGCUAGUAAUGAGGAAAUCCGAGUGCUGGUAAUAGGAGCCACCAACCGACCCCAGGAGCUGGAUGAGGCGGUACGCCGGCGAUUUGUGCGGCGUCUGUACGUUCCCUUGCCCACGAUGGAGGCACGCCAGAAAAUCAUAGAAAAGUUAAUUCGGCAGGUUAAGCACAGCCUUGAUGCCAUGCAAAUAACCGAGCUGGCUGAGCUUACCGAUGGCUAUUCAGGGGCGGAUGUGGAUACGCUAUGCCGCUAUGCAUCCAUGGCUCCCCUUCGCUCAUUGACACCCGACCAAAUGGAGGUCAUAGAGACGCAUCAGCUACCUGCCGUAACCAUUGCUGAUUUCAAGCAGGCGUUACGGGUUAUAUCUAAAAGUGUUUCUGCGGAGGACUGCAAACAGUUUGAGGCCUGGAAUGAAAUAUACGGCGUCCGACAUUAAAAGCAUGCACAGAAACGCACAUCAAAAUUACGUUCGUAUACGGAUUGUGACAGACUGUAAAGUCCGUUUAAUGUCCUUAAUUAGCUUAAUGCGUAAACAGGUCGGGAAACUUCGCACGUAAAGUUAGUCCAAAACUGAGCUGACAAUCUAAAGCCUACUGACUAAACACUAACUCAAGUUGUACUUAAUUCAAAACUUUGUUCCGGUACAUUUAAACACUGCAAUAUGCACACACAGACGGAGAUAUUUGUACACUUCGGAUAAUCGCAUAACAAUUAACGAAUAGGGACGUUAGAGGCAGCGUUCCACAAUUAGCAACUAG